GCUUGGUCCCGCAGACGAGUUCAGCUAAUGCGCGAAUAUAGCGACCGUCGUCUGACGGCGCUCUCGCCUCGAACGAUCGACAUCGACAGACGGUUUCACGAUGGUCUGUCUGUGCCCGCCUCGACGUCUUCCUGCUCGUGCAUGCGUCCGCGGUGAGCGCCGACGUAUCCUCGAUGUAUUGGGCUUCAACCCCGUAUAUAUGUUAGUAAGCCGAUGUGCGGCGUUCUGCGAAGAAGAUCCGAUCAACAACCAGAAGGAUCACGGAUGCGAAAUACGGCCGGGUGGAUUCAUGGUGGCCACAACCAAUGCGGCGCCCCUCACCCGGAACGCGACGCCGUGCUUAUCUGCGGUCAAUGUGGGUGCGUUGAAGAACGUCCCCACCCCGGCGGGAUCCGUCGCGCUAUCCUUUCCGCUCACGAUCCCACCUAUCCUCAUCGAUCACGGCUUCAAGUUGCGUGCGUGCCUCAUCAUGCCGAGGAUUGUGUGGGGCAGAUCGUGCUUCUCGACACUUUUGCUUCGUGCGUGACGGGUUUUCUGGAAGGCGGCUGCGCGACACGAACGUAGCGAUGAGCACCGAGUCGACAACGGCACAUCGCGGUUUCGAUCGCUGCCAACGUACGCUACCAAUCAGGUCCCUUGCAGAGUCGAGGCGGAUUACGACGGCGGCUAAGGCACCGGGGUGGACUUCGGGGCAUCUGCCAAGCUGUUGGCAACGACCAAGGUAGUGCUGAACUUGCCAUGAAUGUUGUACCGCGGAUGAUCCCCGCUUCAUGCACUUCCAGCCAGCGAAUAUUCAGGCACUCCCAGCACCCUGGUUGCUGAGGAUGGCGUGAGCGCCAGACUUGGCGGCAUCGACGUUCAUUGAUGGGCCGGAAGAUGGGUUUGUACGCCACACGAGUAUCGUCCGGAGUCUCUGCGAAGGCUGCCACAGAGUGACAACGGCACAACGGACACUUACGCAGAAUACGCAUCUUGAACGCCGGUCAUGAGUCCAAUGCGCGGCGCAUGUGCCGAUUGCAGUCCCAAGGACGCGCGAGGGGGGGAAGCUUUGUCUGAGAAUGGAUGGACUAAUGGCCGCACCGGUCCUCAACGAUUCUGAUGGCCGUGCCAGCUUUUCGCCCAUCCUCGAUCCGUCCUCCCGCGCGAUGGAGCACGACCUACACGACGGGUACCCAUGCCGUCCGUCGCUCCCAACGGGCCGUUUAAAGACCUUCGCUCAUCAAGAUGCGCUCACGGCCUCUUCGCCGACGGCAUUCCGGUCUCUGGGGAAUACGACAGAUCAAGGCUGGGCGAGCAGGUUAACUACGCGGCGCCUUCCACCCCCUCUGACGUUGUGGCUGAGGUGUAUCAAUCUGCUUCCGACCUUCGCUAGCUGCCUCGGACCGUCGACUGAUGGCACCUGCUCGGCCGCGCUGGUCGUCCCCAAGCCAUGCACGGACCACGCUGGACGUUGAUCGCGCCGGGUCGAAGACGGUUCGCUGGGAGCAGGGAUGGACGACGGACAUCUGCCCAGGGCGCGUCGAAGCACCGGGGUCCAUGCGCUGGGCGACCUUCCAUGGGAAAAGAUGGUGACGGAACGGAGGGAUGACAGUUACAAGUACCUCACUUGCCUCCGUCGAACACCUUUUCUCUCGAUGGAUAGUAGAAAACUUGAAAUUCUGCGGCGGCGUGGAGAUAUUUUGUUCCCUGGGCACCCUAAUCACUCGCCCGCUGUUGUAUUUCGUUGUUGUAUGAAUGUUACAGUGUCGC